AUGACUGUAUACAGAGGACAAGGUAUGUCAUGUGAACACUUCAAUCAAUUGCAAACUGGUGGUCUUCUAUCAAUGAAUUAUUUUAUGUCUACAAGCACAGAUAAAAAUACAGCACUGAAAUUCAUUGAACAAGCACUAUCAAAAACUAGUGAAAAUCAGGCAGUUCUAUUUGAAAUGAACAUUAAUGUAAAAAAUUCUAUAAAACCAUUUUAUGAUAUAUCACAAUUAAGCUUUUAUAAAGGUGAAAACGAAGUACUAUUUUCAAUGGCGACAGUAUUUCGAAUUAAAUCAAUUCAACAAACAGCAAAUCGAACUUGGUAUAUUCAUUUAAUAUUAGUUGAAGAAGAAGAUACUGAAUUGAAAAUAUUAACAGAACAUAUGAGAAAGGAAAUAGAUACAACAAAUGAUUUACUUGCAUUAGGAACCUUGAUGGCCAAAAUGAGUGAAUAUAAAAAAGCGAAAACAUAUUAUGAAUAUUUACUCAAAGACUUACCGUCAGAUAAGUUACAAGUUCUAGCGCUAUAUCGGAACAUCACUGCAGUCCACAUAAGUCUAGACAACAUCGAUGAGGCAGCGAAAUAUCAGAAUAAAGUAUUUGAAAUUCUAUUAGAAAUCUUGAUGGAAAAUUUCGGGGCCAAUCGUGAUGAAGUUAGGAAUUUUAUCAAGAAAACCAGCAUUGAUAAAAUUUUGGAAAUUGUCCAGGAAGAUAAUCACAAUGAAAUUUUGAAUUCCAUCAAGAAAUCAUUCGAAACUGAGUUAAUACCCUUGCCCGAAAAGAAUCCAGGCAAUGUAGAGUCAUCGAACAAAAUCGAAGGUGAUCAAAUGAUUGAACAACUACUGAAAGUUAUGACAUCCGUUGAUCAAUUACCAAAAGUUGUUCCGUCAUGCAAUAACAUCGCAUCUUUUCUCAACAACCAAGCCGACACUAAUAUCGAUCAACUACUUGAGUUAUCAUUGCAAAUCUUACCUGAAAAUCAUCAAAAACGUGUAACAAUAUACAACCAAAUUGGAAUAGUUCGUCAAAGCCAGGGCAACUAUAUUGAAGCCUUAGAUUAUUUUAAUAAAGCAUUUGAAAUUCAAGUAAAAUUGCUGCCUGAAAAUCAUCCAGAUAUUGUAUGUACAUACAAUAACAUCGGAGAAGUUUAUAGAAGUCAAGAUAACUACAAUAAAGCAUUGGAAUAUUUUAAUAAAGCGCUUGAAAUUCAAGUAAAAUCAUUGACUGAAAAUCAUCAAGACAUUGCAAGAACGCACAAAAACAUCGAAGAAGUUCGCAAAUGUUUAUAA